GUAGCGACUGCCGUGGCCAAAGGUAUUAUCCACCACUGAACACGAACAAGCUACUCAAAUCACAUUCGUCCUCCCGCGGACUGGAUCGAGGCCCAGCUAACUCUUCGUCUGGCUGCAUAGGGACCUCACCUCCACACCAGAUAACACUGCGACUCAGACGAUAGAAGCAAUCGCACGAGUACGCCCGUCAUGUCUGCAACUGACGCUCCCGCGGCGCCGGACGCCCUGGAUCCGAACAGCGCCAAGCACCCCGUCAAGAUGGAGAACACUGAGAAGCGCGACACCCUCAUUGCCGACGAGAAGCGAUUCCAAAAGGAAUGGGAAGAUAGCAAGGUCUUCUACUCAAAUGCGCCUGCUUCCGGCGAGGACAAAGAGCCCAAGUUCUUCGGCACGAUGGCGUACCCUUACAUGAACGGCACCCUUCACGCUGGCCACGCCUUCACCAUGUCUAAGGUCGAGUUCAUGACUGGCUUCGCCCGCAUGGAGGGCAAGAGGGCCCUGUUCCCCCAGGGCUACCACUGCACCGGUAUGCCUAUCAAGGCUGCCGCCGACAAGCUUGCGAGAGAAGUCGAGCUCUUCGGCCCAACUUUCGAGGGUGCCCUGGCUGAGCUCUCGAUCGAAGACGAGCCAGCGGCAGCCAAGGACGGUGCGGAGAAGACGGACAUUGGCAAGUUCAGUGGAAGCAAGAGCAAGGCCGCGGCCAAGACUGGCAAGGUCAAGUACCAGUUUCAAAUCAUGCUGUCUCUUGGCAUUCCUGUCGAGGAAAUCCAGAAGUUUGCCGACCCUCUCCACUGGCUCACAGUCUUCCCCGAGAAGUGCGAAGCCGAUCUCCGCGCGAUCGGUGCUCGUGUCGACUGGAGACGCUCCAUGGUUACAACACCAGCAAACCCCUUCUACGAUGCUUUUGUCAGGUGGCAGAUGAACCGCCUGAAGAGUCUCGGCAAGAUCAAAUUCGGCAAGAGAUACACUGUGUACAGCCCGAAAGAUGGCCAGGCCUGUCUCGACCACGAUCGCAGUGCCGGCGAGGGUGUGACAGUCCAAGAAUACGUGGCUCUGAAGAUGAAGACUCUCGAGUGGGCGCCAAAGGCCAAAGAGAAAAUUGGCGACAAGAUCCCGGCGGACGCCAGCGUAUACUUCGUCCCUGCAACACUACGGCCCGAGACGAUGUACGGACAGACCUGCUGUUUCGUUGGGCCGAAGGUGCAGUACGGAAUCUACAAGAAUGCCAAGUCUGAUGGCACGGACGAGUACUACUUCUGCAGCGACCGCUCUGCGCGCAACAUGGCGUUCCAGAACAUUUUCCCUGUAUGGGGCGAGUUCCCUAAGGUUGUCGAUCUUGUCGGCUCUGAUGUCGUUGGCACGCUCGUUGAUGCGCCUUUGUCUGUACACAGCAAGGGCAUCCGCAUCUUGCCCAUGGAGACUGUCAAGCCCACAAAGGGUACCGGUGUCGUGACUUGUGUGCCAUCUGACAGCCCUGAUGACUAUGCCACGACGAUGGAGCUCCGCAAGAAGGCUGCCUAUUACGGUAUCGACCCCGAAUGGGUCGCUAACGAGAUCAUCCCGAUCAUCAAAACCCCUACUUCCGAUCUCAUCGCUAAGCAUCUUUAUGAGACGAUGAAGAUUCAGUCCCCCAAGGACACAGCCAAGCUCGCCGAGGCCAAGGAGCAGGCGUACAAGGAAGGCUUCUACCAGGGUACCAUGCUCAUCGGCGAGCACAAGGGUCUCUCGGUUCAGGACGCCAAACCGUUGAUCAAGAAACAGCUCAUUGAUGCCGGCUAUGCUUUCAACUACGGCGAGCCGGACGGACUCGUCAUCAGCAGAUCUUCUGACGAAUGUGUUGCCGCUUACCUGGACCAGUGGUACUUCAACUACGGCACGUCUGAGAAUGGCGGUGAUGGUGCUUGGUGCGGCCAAGUGUUGGAGGCGCUCAACUCGAAGAGAGUGCGCACAUUCUACCCCGAAGCCAAGAACGCGUUAGAGCAGACCCUUGGUUGGUUGGCCCAGUGGGCUUGCAGCAGAUCCUUCGGUCUCGGUACCAAGCUACCCUGGGAUCACACCCAGCUUGUUGAGAGUUUAUCGGACAGCACCAUUUACAUGGCAUAUUACACCGUUUCCCUUUUCUUGCACGGCGACAUCUUUGGCCAGACCCCUGGCCUGUCGUCAAAGCCGAUUUCUGCCGAGCAGAUGACAGACGAGGUGUGGGACUACAUUUUCUUCCGGACAGAUUCCGUCAACACCGAUAUCCCUCAGCAAGAUCUCGACGCCAUGCGUCGUGAGUUCUCUUACUGGUAUCCUCUGGACGUUCGUGUUUCCGGAAAGGACUUGAUCAACAACCACUUGACUUUCUGUCUGUACCACCACGCUGCGCUGUUCGAUGAGGCUUACUGGCCCAAUGGAGUCCGUGUCAACGGUCACCUGAUGUUGAACGGCGAGAAGAUGUCCAAGUCGACCGGCAACUUCCUCACCCUCCAGGGUGCUGUUGAGAAGUACGGAGCCGACGCCACCAGAAUCGCGCUUGCUGAUGCUGGCGAUGGGAUCGAAGAUGCCAACUUCGAGGAGACUGUUGCCAACGCCACGAUCCUGAAGUUGUACGAGCUCCGGAAAUGGUGCCAAGACACAAUUGAGGACUCAACCUUGAGGACUGGCGAGCUCAACUUGUUUGAUAAGAUGUUCUCGAAUGAGAUGAACACCUUGGUCCUCGAGACGAAGCAGCAGUAUGAGCACACAUUCUUCAAGCUUGCUCUGAAGGCUGGUUACUACGACUUCACCGCUGCCCGUGAUUGGUACCGUGAGGCCACAAAGGCGUCUGGUGUCGGCAUGCACAAGGACCUCGUCCACCGAUAUGUCGAGCUGCAAGCUCUCCUGCUCACUCCUCUUGCUCCUCAUUUCAGCGAGUUCCUGUACAAGGACGUCUUGAAGCACAAGGACAGUGUUCAGACUGCUCUUUUCCCGACUGUUCCCUCGCCUGAUGCGCCUCUCACUGCUGCGUACGGUUACAUCCGCAACACUACCGCCAAUAUCACUGCCGCGGAAGGCCAGCAGGCAAAGAAGAUUGCCAAGGGCAAGGCGGUCAACUUUGACCCCAAGAAGCCAAAGAGGCUUACCAUCUUUGUAUCAACGGCUUUCCCUGCAUGGCAGGACAAGUGCGUAGAAUUGGUCGCCGAGAGUUUCAAGUCCUCGGGAGCCGUGGACGUCAAGUCGAUCACGGGCAAGAUCGAUAAGGCGCAGAUGAAGAAGGCCAUGCCAUUCAUCCAAAACCUCAAGAGGCGCCUCGAGUCUGGCGGCGAAGACGCGUCGGCCAUCUUUGACCGCAAGCUCGCCUAUGACGAGCUCAACACGCUCAAGGAGAUGGUUCCUGGCCUCAAGCAGACUGUGCCCCGCCUUGAGUCUGUCCGCCUUGUUACAGUCGAAGAGGGCCAAAGCAGCGGCAAGAUAAUUGUCGGCGGUGCUCAGGGUGAGGAGACCCUGGAUAACCUGCCUCCCAUGGCCGCAUCAGCGAACCCGGGCAACCCCACGUUCUUGUUUGAGAACAUAUAAACUGAAGACCUCAGGAGGUGGAAAAGGUACCAUUUCAUAGAAUAUAUCCACCACGUCCGGAACAAGGAUGAAGGUUGAUGGCAUGUAAGGAAUAGAAAAAGACAGCGAACAAAUCAAGAAAGUUGAUAUAAAA